UUCGGAUGCGGUUUUAAAAUAAAAGAAGAAAAAUGAUGAAAUAUUGUUUCAUAGUAGGGUGUAAGGAACACAUUGCUGUGCACCCAGACACAUGACUUUUUCGGAUGCCAAUAGGCAUAACUGAGAAAUAUCAAAAGUUAAUUGAAAAAUCUUGUGCUGGGCCUAGUAAUCUGCCCACAAGUAAACUUAUUAUAUUGUCAAAGAGAAGAAGGGAAAUGUGGAUAAGUGUUUUGCGUCGUAGGCCUUUAAGUGCAAGUCAAUUAAAAAAUUCUCGAAUUUGCAAGAAACAUUUUAGGAGUGGCAUUCCAGCUGACUUGGCGAAUAUGGAUUAUCCUGAUAGGGUGCCUUGUCAAAAAUUAGGUGAUGAAAAAGGAACCGCUCUAAAAAGGAAAAUUUCACUGCCCCGCUACCACCUAUCUGCGAAAACGGUUAUUUGUCAAAGGGGAUUAAAAAUUUUGCUUGAAAAUCCUUUUAAUUAAUUCAAGAUUCAUAAUUUUAUUUAAAAAUUCAUUUCUUUGGUCAAAAAUAGAAGUAUAUUAUUUGAAAAUCUUUUUUUUUGUGAAAAUUUAUUAUCUAACUGUACCCAUAACUUUUUCACUGUAGGGCCAAAGUGUAUCCCUUUUUGGGUAAAAAUUCGUAUAUUUUGUUGUGAAAGUUGUCUUUUUUGGUAGAAAGUUAAUCAUGUUAGCCAGGGAAAAUAAAAAAUGUAUUAACAUAAGGGCCGAUUCCACUAACUAUGAUUAAAUUUUAAUCGCUGAUUAACUUAGGUUAAUCAGCAGAUUGCGUUCCAUCAACUUUUAAAAUAUGAUUAAAGAAGUCUAAUCGUCGAUUAACUUGACUGGCCAUUUUUGGCUGGUUAGCGAGUUAAUCAGUGAUUAAAGGGAGUCAACAUAACCUCAAAGUUGAGGUUCAAGUAUAGUGUGAAAUAUUGAUCGAAUUUAUAACGAUAUCUUGCCCUCACAUAACUUAUAUUCAAUUUCAAUCGAUAACUAAUUCCUGUCCAUUUAUUUGGGAAACGAUGUGCAUAAACAAAAACACAUCGCUGCUCUUCGUUCAUGAGCAGUCGAGGUAUAUUUUGCGCGCGAAUACAAGUUCGAAAUCAGCCAAUCAGGAUCACCAUUACAACAGAAACACCCAGAAACUAGACUUAUUACGAACAGAGCGACGGUUGGCUAACAAGAGGUUAAAAAUGCAUAGUGGAACGCGUCACUAGCUAAUCGUGAUUAAAACGCUGAUUAAAAAAUAAUCAUAAUUAGCUAAUCAAGGAUUUAAUCACAGUUGGUAGAAUCGGUCCUAAGGUAGAGAUUCUUUAAAUUGGUAUUUUUUGCCUUUUUGCUUCAAGAAAUAUCUUAAAUUUGCGUACAGUUCUUUGAGACGUAAAUUUUUGUUAUUUGUCAUAGGAGAAUA